AUGUCUGUGGGUACAAUUAUAAAGAAUGCACCAAGGCUCAAAGAGGUUGGUGAAUCGGUGAUCCCUACUGGUGCAACGAGACUGUGUCGUAGUCGGGAUGUCAUGGAGAAUAUGGAACGACUUCUCUCGGUGUGGAUUGGGGACAGCACACAACGUCACAUGCCUUUCUCCUUAUCUGUGAUCCAGGAGAAUGAUCGAUCACUGUGGAACAAUUUGCGACAAAGACGGCCUGGGCCAACUUCUGAGGUUGCAGUUACUGUGGCAGAGACGUUUACUGUUAGUCAUGGCUGGUUUAAUAGGUUUAAGAAACGUGCAAACCUUCAUAAUAUUCACGUGAUGGUUGAAGCAGCAAGUGUGGAUGAGGUUGCUGCAAGGAGUUUCCCAGAAACAUUGAAUGAAAUUAUCAAGUGUGGUGGCUAUAGUGCGAAGCAGGUGUUCAACAUUGAUGAAACUGGACUUUAUUGGAAGCGAAUGCCCUUCAGAAUAUACAUAGAUCAAGAAGAAAAAACAGCACCAGGAUUUAAAGCAACAAAAGACCAUCUGACACUAAUUAUGGGGAGCGAUGCUGAACGUGAUGUGAAACUGAAACCUUUGUUUGUUUAUCUUAGUGAGAGUCCAUGUGCACUGAAGGGUGUCCUCAAGAACCAGCUUCCUGUGAUCUGGCGUUCUAAUGCUAAGAUGUGA